AUGACCAAUUCAUCCUCAUUGACGUCCAGUUCAACGACGUCCCUCUCGUCCACCGACUCUUCGUCGACGCUAGUGUCGAAGACGAAGAAGUCUGGCGUCAAGGGGCUCCUCAAGGCGGUUCUCUCCAAAAACACGUCUUCACAGUUGGCCAGUUCGUCGAACGGCUCUGACAGUAGCCAGGGUACUCGCAGCGCCUCCGACGCGUCCAAGAAGAAACCCAAUGGCUUCGGCAGUGAUUCACAGUUCGCCAGGACCGCCUCAAAGAACGGGUGGCCCGCGACAACGGCUGCACGGCCGUCCUUGGGGGGAUAUAGUUUACAUGAAAUCUUCCUCCAGCUCCCGACCGGUUUUUCUGGGAACGUCUUCGCCUUCUUCCACGUUGAAUAA